CGUGAAUUUGGUAGAAUUUGAGUUGAUUGUUGAGUGUCGUUUGUGUAUUUACUUUAGUUUUCUAUUGAAUAUAUUAAUUGCUAGCGUUUAAAAAACACUAAUUCAGCAUGAAAUGUAGAUCAUAAAUUCAUUCAAUUAAGCAGUAAGCACAGUUAUACUAUAACUUCUGUGAAAACGGCUGCGCGGGAAAUGUGGAUAAAGUCUUCUCGAUAAAACAAUUCAAUUGAGAAAAUUGUGUUUGUUACAUAAAUUAUUAAUAUGAUUUCGUACAGAGGACGAGAGGGGCGGAGGGGAAAGGGUUUUAAAAUGACCAGACAUUUAGAACGCUUGUAUAAAGAAGGCAAAUGCCGUGACUGUUCAGUGGUGGUGACGCGAAUGGACUUUGCAAAGAUUCUAGGUAAAUUCACUAAAGUAAAAAUCCAAUAUGAAAGUAGUUCUUCACCAAAGACACAGAAGACGCCGCAGGUUAACAAAUCGGAAGCACAAGUUCCAAACACAAGGUUAAAAAAUAACGAAAACGGCAUGGUAAUGUUCCACAGGAACGCCUAUAAUCCGCAUCCAGCAAAAGUUUUAGCUAACACAAGAAAACAUACAAACAACAAGGUUGCAUCACCACAUACUAUAUUGAAGGAAAUUAACAUCUUUAAAAAUGCAAUUCCGGUGAAAAACAGAAAUAACAACUAUAGUAACAUCCACAAUGGAAAACAAUAUGCUAUUAUAUUUAAUGAUCCUACAAAUAAGGAUAGCAACAACAAUAUAAAUAUUGAGUUGACUCUAUCAGAUUUGCUACCGAAGGUUAACAAAGAUAUUUUACCAUCCGAGGAAUGGUGUAUAGACUAUUUUCCAAAAAAAGAUGAGCCCAAAAAUGAUAAAGUUUAUGAUCGUAUAGCUGCCGAACUCGAAGACCUCAUGUAUAAUGAGAAACCUGAAGUCAAGUUAAUCAAAGCUGAGUCCACGGAGAAUAAGGUAGAUGAAUUCCCAUCAAUAAUGGACAUCCUAAAUGAUAAUGUUACACCUGAAAGUAAUUCUGAACAUAAAAACCAAAACAAUAAUAUGGAGUUGAAAGAUGCCUUGGAAUCUAAUGAUGUUGAAGCAAUGCUGCUUGGUAAGACAGUCAAAAGUAAAGUUGAAACGCCUAUGGAUGUUGAAAAUACAGAUGUUAAUAAACUAAUUGCUGAUGUUGUCCAGUUUAGUACCAGCUCUGAGUCUACUAUAAAAGAACUACCCGUUGCACCUGAGGUAGAAAAUCCCCAUAGUCCCUCAAUAUUAGAUGAGACGCUUCAAAAAGGUAUUGAAGAACAGUUACCAAAUCCGCAUUUACAAAUUAAUAAAAAUAUUAUUAAUAGCCAAAACUCUGAUGUAUAUGCAUCCAAAAAUGGAAAACAAAGUGAUUCAAAUAUUUUUUCAUCCUUAAAGUUGGAGGAUGUUACACAUGUUAUAUUUAAAAAAGUAGUCAGUGGGAAUUGUAUAAAGUCUGUUACAUGUCCUAGAAAUUUUAAAUAUUCCAUAGAGUUAGAAGAGAAAUCUGUUGAGUUUUUAGGUGCUCCCAAAUAUAUUACAAGCUUAGAAGACUUACAGGUACUAUUACAAAUAGUGAACGAAACAGACUUAAGAAGUUUAUAUGUUGUUUAUUGACUCUUUCAUUUAAUGCUUAUAUUCAAACGUUUUUCUAUGACAUCUCACUAUGAUCAAAUUAUUGAAAAGUGCAAUAUCACCUUUCAACGAAUUGAUUGGCGGAAGUACUCCAGUACUCAAAUAAGAUCCACUUUAAGAAGUCAGUAAAAUAUUCUUGAAUAUAGGUGUUAAGCAGGAUAAAAUACCUUAUCAUUGUAAUUUCUAAAGAACAAGUUGACAUUAUGAGAAAAUCAAUCUUCCUAUAAUUUAUAGGGCCUAUAUAUAGUUUUAAUGAAAUAUUAUUA